UGGGACUGGCUCGGCACCGUGUCACUGUGACCCACACGGAGCGUUAAGGCUUCCGAGCUCCCUUCGGUCCGGACUGCGCCGUUCUCCCCGGUGUCCUUCCCCCGUGAGCCGCCGCGCUGCUCGCUCUGCGCUACUGCUCCCCGUGUGGAUAUGCAAGAUGCCUUUAACUGUCUUGGCUCGAAGCAUCUGAAAGGAACUGGAGCUCAAGAUGAGAACCAACAAGGUCUACAAGCUCGUCAUACAUAAGAAGGGGUUUGGAGGCAGUGAUGAUGAACUGGUGGUGAAUCCUAAAGUGUUUCUUCAAAUCAAGCUGGGAGAUGUUGUGGAAAUUGCACAUCCCAAUGAUGAAUACAGUCCCUUGCUUCUACAAGUGAAGUCACUUAAGGAAGAUUUGCAGAAAGAAACGAUCAGUGUGGAUCAGACAGUGGCACAAGUGUUCCGCCUGCGGCCCUACCAGGAUGUCCAUGUCAAUGUUGUUGACCCAAAGGAGGUGACCUUGGACUUGGUGGAGCUGACAUUUAAAGAUCAGUACAUUGGCCGUGGGGAUAUGUGGCGACUGAAGAAGAGUUUGGUCAGCACAUGUGCAUAUGUCACCCAAAAAGUCGAAUUUGCAGGUAUCAGGGCCCAGGCAGGUGAACUGUGGGUAAAGAGUGAGAAAGUCACUUGUGGAUACAUCAGUGAAGACACCAGGGUGGUGUUCCGCUCCACUUCUGCCAUGGUUUAUAUUUUUAUCCAGAUGAGCUGUGAAAUGUGGGAUUUUGAUAUUUAUGGGGAUCUAUACUUUGAGAAAGCUGUGAAUGGUUUCCUUGCUGACCUCUUCACAAAAUGGAAGGAGAAGAAUUGCAGCCAUGAAGUGACAGUGGUUCUAUUUUCAAGAACAUUUUAUGAAGCAAAAUCUAUAGAUGAGUUUCCUGAAACACAUCGUGCAUCAAUUCGGCAGGAUCAUGAGGGAAGAUUUUAUGAAGAUUUUUACAAAGUUGUAGUUCAGAAUGAGAGGCGGGAAGAGUGGACCUCCUUGCUUGUGACCAUUAAAAAGCUUUUCAUCCAGUAUCCUGUUUUGGUACGACUUGAGCAAGCAGAGGGCUUUCCUCCGGGUUACAAUUCUACCUCAGCACAAGGGAACUACCUGGAGGCCAUAAAUCUUUCAUUUAAUGUGUUUGACAAGCAUUACAUCAACCGCAACUUCGACCGCACGGGGCAGAUGUCGGUGGUGAUCACCCCUGGCGUGGGCGUGUUCGAGGUGGAUCGGCUGCUCAUGAUCCUCACCAAGCAGCGCAUGAUUGACAAUGGGAUAGGUGUGGAUUUGGUAUGCAUGGGAGAGCAACCCUUGCAUGCUGUGCCACUCUUUAAGCUCCAUAAUCGCUGUGGCCCUGGUGACUCACGAAUGGGUGAUGACUACAAUAUCCCACACUGGAUAAAUCACAGUUUCUACACAUCCAAAAGCCAACUCCUGUGUAACAGCUUCACUCCACGGAUCAAGCUGGCAGGAAGGAAGCCACUGACGGAGAAAGCAAAAAAUAAUCGUGAUGCCUCAUUAGGAGCUCCAAAGGAUGCUGAAAAUGCUUUGCCUAUCCAGGUAGAUUAUGAUGGCUAUGAUGCCCAGGUGUUCAGACUGCCAGGCCCAGCCAGAGCCCAGCGCUGUACCACUUUCAGCAGGUCAGUGAGGGAGAGGGAAAGCCGCACGAGGAAGAGCUCCAGCUCCUACGAUGUGUCGUGCAGCCCCUCCCUGCAGAGCCGCACCCUGCCCCCGGAGGAGGUGAGGAGCCAGGCUUCUGACGACAGCUCCCUGGGCAAGAUCUCCAACAUCCUCAUGAUCCCACGGCCUCACCUGCACCAGUGUGAAGUCAGCAGCUCCUUGGGCUAUACCAGCACCAGAGAUUUCCUGGAGAACACUCUGGAGUCCCAGCAGCGCGACUCCAGCGCCCCGGGCCGGUUCCACGUGGGCAGCGCCGAGUCCCUGCUGCACGUACGGCCGGGGGGGUUCGCUCCGCAGCGCGCCCUCAUCAACCCCUUCGCCCCGUCCCGCAUGCCCAUGAAGCUGACCUCGAACCGCCGGCGCUGGAUGCACACCUUCCCCGUGGGUCCCUCAGGAGAAGCUAUCCAGAUCCAUCACCAAACCCGGCAGAACAUGGCAGAAAUGCAGGGCAGUGGGCAGCAGGAUUUGACACAUUCCUCGGCAGAGCUGCUGGAGCUGGCUUACCAUGAGGCAACUGGCAGACACGUCAGCUCUCGGCACCCAGGGGACAGUGGCUCCUUCCUGAGCUUCGGCGGGGCAGAGGAGUUCGGGAACGGGCUGGGGGCCGGCCCCGGAGCAGGGGUGACCCUCAAAACUCAGAACAAGGAUUCCUUAGAAGAUGCUGUCUCUAAUUCUCCAGAUCCAAUUCUGACGCUGUCUGCUCCCCCCAUAGUGCCAGGCUUCUGUUGUACAGUUGGAGUGGACUGGAAAUCCCUCACAACCCCGGCCUGCCUCCCUCUCACCACCGAUUACUUCCCCGACCGCCAGAGCCUGCAGAACGAUUACACCGAGGGCUGCUACGACCUCCUGCCAGAGGCUGACAUGGACAGGUUUGGCCAGCACCUCCUCUCUCCAGUCCUGUGCUUAAGGAGCAGGAGGGAUGAGGAAGGAGUGCAGAUGACAGCCCAGCAGGUGUUUGAGGAGUUCAUUUGUCAGCGUCUCAUGCAAGGCUAUCAGAUUAUUGUGCAAUCCAAGCCACAGAAGCCAGCCCCAGCUGUGCCACCCCCUCUCAGCAGCAGUCCCCUCUACAGCAGAGGUCUUGUGUCAAGAAAUAGACCUGAGGAAGAGGAUCAGUACUGGCUGAGCAUGGGCCGUACUUUCCACAAAGUCACCUUAAAAGACAAAAUAAUUACUGUGACUCGGUACCUGCCAAAGUAUCCAUAUGAAUCUGCUCAGAUAAACUACACCUACAGCUUGUGCCCCUCACACUCUGACUCUGAAUUUGUCUCUUGCUGGGUAGAAUUUUCCCAUGAGAGACUAGAAGAGUACAAGUGGAAUUACUUGGAUCAGUAUAUCUGCUCUGCUGGCUCAGAGGAUUUCAGCCUCAUCGAGUCGCUGAAGUUCUGGAGGACGCGGUUCCUGCUGCUGCCCGCCUGCAUCAGCGCCACCAAGCGCAUCAUGGAGGGGGAGGCGCACUGCGACGUGUACGGCGACAAGCCCCGCUCGGACGAGGAGGAGUGGCAGCUCCUCGAUGGCUUCAUCCGCUUCGUGGAGGGCCUGAACCGCAUCCGCCGCCGCCACCGCUCCGAUCGAAUGAUCCGAAAAGGGUCUGCCAUGAAAGGUUUGCAGAUUGCUGGUCCAAUUCCCACUCAUUCUCUGGAGCAGUCUGGGCCUCCCAUUGGGAAAAAAGGAACCUCAGCACUGUCAGCUCUGCUGCAGAUGGAAGCCAGUCAGAAGACACUGGGGGAGCAGCAAGCAGCCAUGCUUUCUGGGAAGAGCUCUGGCCAGCCUUCAGAGAGUGGGAGCAUUGCUAUCACACCCACCUACAUGGACAGCCCUCGGAAGGAUGGGGCCUUCUUUAUGGACUUUGUUCGCAGCCCACGCACAGCUUCAACCUUCUACUCCCAGAGAUGUUGCUGUGUUUACUCCUCCCAGGUCUCUAUUGAUCAAUCAGUUCCUGCAACCUCAGAUGGCAGCACCUUGCUACCCUCCGGGCAGGUCCCUGACAGGGGCAGCACCCAGGCCCUGGGGAGCACCCAGAAUGCUGCAGAGCUGGGAUACAGCACAGCUGGUGCUGCAGAGGGCAGCUCUCAGCAGUGUUCAACAAGUGCUCUGACUUCCUCCUCCACUUUGGUAGAGAUUCUUGAAGCCAUGAAACACCCCACCACAGGGAUCCAGCUGCUCUCUGAACAGAAGGGCCUCUCCCCCUACUGCUUCAUCAGUGCCGAAGUUGUGCACUGGCUGGUGAAUAAUGUGGAAGGGGUGCACACCCAGGCCAUGGCCAUUGACAUAAUGCAGAAAAUGUUAGAAGAGCAGCUUAUUGUCCAUGCAUCUGGAGAAGCUUUGCGAACCUUCAUUUAUGGCUUUUAUUUUUACAAGAUUGUUGUGGACAAAGAACCAGACCGAGUGGGGCUGCAGCAGCCUGCCAUGUGGCACACGGCUGCCAUGGACGACUUCUCGGCCUUCCAGAGGAAAUGGUUUGAGGUGGCCUUUGUGGCAGAAGAGCUCCUGCACUCGGACAUCCCGGCGUUCUUCCUGCCCUGGCUGCCCAGCCGCCCCGCCUCCUAUGCAAGUAGGCACAGUUCCUUUAGCCGCAGUUUCGGAGGACGGAGCCAGGCAGCUGCACUCUUAGCUGCCACGGUGCCCGAGCAGCGCACGGUGACGCUGGAUGUGGAUGUGAACAACCGCACGGACCGCCUGGAGUGGUGCAGUUGUUAUUACCAUGGCAAUUUCUCCCUCAACGCUGCCUUUGAAAUCAAGUUACACUGGAUGGCAGUGACUGCAGCUGUUCUUUUUGAGAUGGUUCAGGGUUGGCACCGCAAAGCCACGUCCUGUGGGUUCCUGCUGGUCCCAGUCCUGGAGGGCCCCUUUGCUCUGCCCAGUUACCUGUAUGGGGACCCCCUGCGAGCUCAGCUCUUCAUCCCACUCAACGUCAGCUGCUUGCUGAAGGAGGGCAGUGAGCAUUUGUUUGAUGGCUUUGAACCAGAAACAUACUGGGACCGAAUGCAUCUGCUCCAGGAAGCAAUAGCACACAGAUUUGGAUUUGUACAAGAUAAAUAUUCAGCAUCUGCAUUCAACUUCCCAGCAGAAAAUAAGCCCCAGUAUAUCCAUGUCACAGGGACGGUGUUUUUGCAGCUGCCAUAUUCCAAGAGGAAAUUUUCCAGCGGGCAGCAGCGGCGCCGGCGCAACUCCACCAGCUCCAGCAACCAGAACAUGUUCUGUGAGGAGCGCAUUGGCUACAACUGGGCCUACAACACCAUGCUGACCAAAACGUGGCGCUCCAGCGCCACUGGUGAUGAGAAGUUCGCAGACCGGCUGCUGAAAGACUUCACAGACUUCUGCUGGAACAAGGACAGCCGGCUCGUGAUGUUCUGGACUGAUUGUCUGGACAAGAUGCAUGCUAGUGCUCCCUGAAUAGGGUUGUAUCUCUUAGGGAGACAGCUAGAAGCUUUACCUUGUGGCAAGGAAGUAGAAGUGAAGAGUCUCUCUCUUCACUUGGAGAUUGGAUUCAUAUUGAGGCUCCAAGAGGACCUGAGUGAUAUUGCUGUUGAUAUUCAACAGGGUUUGAUUAAGUGCUUGGAAAAAAAAGAAUUUGAGCUCUUGGCUUGCUGGUAUCUAUCACCUGACCUCAGCUUGGUUUCAAGUAGCUACAGUCCUUGAUUGCCAAAACUUCAGUUAGAGCAGAGGUAAAGGAGAGAGAGUGCAAAUGGUUUUCAAGGGCGGUUGGAUUCAGCACAGUGUGAUGGUAUCAGCUUCCCCUCACUGGGAAUGAUGAGUGCCCUUGGCUUCUGAAUGUGCCUGGCAGCAGUCUGCCCCUUCCAAGGUGUACCUGAUUGUGUGAAUAUGUACGAUAAGACGUGAGAGAUGCUUGUUAAGUUUUCAUACAUGUAAAUAAGUAAAAUGCAGAAAAUGAAGUGA